CGUCACAAUACCUUCAUUUCGUCUCUCUUCGACACCCUCAUUUCCACCACAUCCAUUACACCAAACCGACCAUGUCUUUCACCAAUUUCUGACCAACUUUGCCCCCCGCACCCCCAAAAGUCUCCGUGACAACUUCAUCCUCAGCAAACUAGGAUUGCCGCUGUACACACACCAGCCACUCUCCUUGAAGAAAUGGAAAUAGCCUCCUCAAACGAACACUCAGUGCUUCAUACCGUCGUUUCCAAUAGAAUGCAAAAAGGACAGAGCAUGGCCAGAAACACCUCAACUCACUACAUCACACAUACAAACGACCAUUUACAAUUACCUCAAGAAUUUCACGACCCUGUGCAACUCGAGUUUUGGGAGCACAACAUCAUUCCCCCGGAUUAUCACCUGGACCCUGACAAACUCCGUCUAAUCGAACUUAUAUACCCUUGCCCCUCAAACCUUCAACUCAAAAUAACCCUGUUUAACAACCCCUUUUGAAUACUCAUAACUCUAAGACAUUUCCCCCCCAAUAAAAGCCAUGACGGUCCCACGAAAAAGGCUGGUGCUGUGCUGUGAUGGGACAUGGAUGGAUAGGUAAAGCCCUUUCUCACAAUACCCCUUUUCUAUUUUUAACACAAUUAUCCAGUGGCGAUGCAUACACCAAACCUUCCGUAAACAACCCUCAAGCAAAACUUCAAACUCCAUCGAAUGUCACGCGAAUUUGCCGAGCUCUCAGCAAAGUUGGUCGGGAUGGUGUUAACCAGAUCAUCUAUUACCAUGCCGGAGUAGGCACUUCUCCCGGAGUGAUGAGCUCCUUGACCGGUGCUCUGGGCAAAGGCAUUUCAGAGGUGAGUUUCAAUUCCGACAUAAAUAUGUCUUAGCUUACCUAAAUUCGAUAGCACGUUCGAGAAGCCUACAGCUUUAUCGCCACAAAUUAUACAUCAGGUGACGAGAUUAUCCUGGUGGGAUUUAGUCGAGGUGCUUUCACUGCUAGAAGUGUAGCAGGAAUGAUUGAAAACAUCGGACUGCUUACACGCGCUGGCAUGGACUCCUUCUACGCCAUUUUCAAGGAUCAGGAGAAUUUCCGCACACCCGAAUAUGAGGAUAUGUUUCCCAACAUCCCAUUCUCAAAUAAACCCAAGGGCCCACAUAAGGCUCGCGAAUACAAGAACCGGCUUGAAGAUGUAAGUUGCGGUUCGCCAUUCUCAUGAAGAAUUAAUCUAACCAAAUUCAGUUGGGCUUAACCAGAGUUUAUGAUGCCAAUGACUUCAGAAUUUGCGUAACUGCAAUCGCGGUAUGGGACACCGUUGGUUCUCUUGGAAGUAAGUGAUCCGCCACUUCGAACCCCUACUUUUCACUGACCAGCUCCAGUUCCAAGUGUGCCCAUUCUUUCCGUAGUGGGCUCAUCCCAAUCCACACAUGAAUACAAAUUUUACAACACCAACCUCAACGGGACAGUCAAACACGCCUUCCAAGCCCUAGCACUUGACGAACAGAGAAAACCAUUUCGACCUGCAGUCUGGGAAAGGAAGAGCAUGGAUAAAACUGACCGAUGUGAUCUAAGACAAGUCUGGUUUCCGGGAGCUCACUCCAAUAUUGGAGGAGGUUAUGACGACCAGGGAAUCGCAAACAUAUCACUUGCAUGGUAUGUGAAUGAAUUCAUGCACCACCAAGUAAACAAUACUGACUACAACAGGAUGAUGGACCAGCUUGCCUCUAUAGGCGUGACAUUUCUCGACGAGUAUAUUGGAAUAAUAUUUAAGGAGAAUGUUGCCUAUUACGAAAAAGCUGCUCAGAAACCACCCUCUUUAUUCUCCGGUGGUCAUAGAAAACCAUGGGCUAUAAAAUCGAUCUACGAAAAACACAAGCCUAUUCGCCCUUGGGGACUGGGAGAGAUCUAUAACUCCACUUCCGGCAUUUACUCACUUGCCGGUAAACAAUAUCGCACGCCAGGCUUCAACGUACGAUCUGAUCCAGAUAGUGGCCAGCCAACAAACUCGCUUCUAGAAAACACCAAUGAGCGAAUUCACAGUAGUGUCCGCAUUCGUCUUGAACUCGAAGGUCUUGGUCCAGACGACAAUGGGCUCUACAAGUGCCCGGCGUUGUUAGACGAAAGUAUAUGGCGUCUCCGACACGUUCGUAUGAGAGUAAAUGAUCCCAUCCCACACGGUUCGACUUGGGGAGCUGGUACACCACCUUCUAGAUCACCCGAGACUGAUCUUCGUUGGAUCUGGGAGUACUGUGGUCCAGAGGAAUUCGCCCCAAAGCAGCGGUACAUGAUCGAAGAAAAACUUGGGCCGUAUGAGAGACUAUUGCUUUCGAUGAAUAAAUGUAAGAGAACACAUUCCACGAUUUCAUAUCAAUCUCAGAAAGCUAAUUCAUUCUCCCCAGUACGUCCUACGAGUAGCAGCAAACGCCGCAAGAAGCGAAGGAAGGACGACUCAACCUCGACCACAAUACAAAGUGGCACCACAACUACACAAGUCGAAUCCGACAACAGCCGCGAUAGCUACGACCGGGGCACACGUGUCACCGCGCCCCUAAGCAGGGUAAGCACCAGCGGUGGAUACCACGUCCACUAUGACGAAGAAUCACUUCUUGAAGGUCCCAAAGCCAUGGAAAGAAGACGGUCAAUACUGAUCGGGGGCGACAAAGACAGGAGGAGUUCGUACGUGAGUGUCAGGGAAAAAAGAAAUUCCUACGUGAAUGACAGGGAAAAUGUCAUGAGCAUCAUAAGCGAGAAGCACAGAGCUGGCAGCACGCGUAGCGGACAUAGCAGGAGUAGCAGGAGUAGCAGGAAGAGAAGUUCCUCAUAUCUCGGAAGUCAGGUGAAGGAUAAGAGGCUCUCGUACGUGAGCGACAAGGCGAGGCGCAUUUCUUAUGUUGAUAUCGACGAGAGUCGGAACUCUUACUUCGACGAUAAAAGGAUUUCUUACAUUGACGAUAAGAGGAGCUCUUACAGCGACGAGAAAGGUAAUUCAUGGAGUGACAAGGAGAGGGAGAGAGAAAGAAACAGAAGGAGAGCGGAGUAUCUCGGUCUCGAAGAGAAGGAAAAGCGUCGGAGUCCUCGUUCCGAGAGAAGUACUCCUCUGCUAAAGUACAGCGAGUAUCACAAGGAGAAGUCGGAGAGGAGGUCCAACAAGAGACAUUGACGAGACAUUAACGGUUUUAAUGAGGCAUAGAAUUUGGAUGGUUCUUGUAUAACGAUAGAAUUAUUGCAUGACUAGGGUUUUUUGGUAUGGAACUGCGGAUGGUUCCAUGCUCGGAGGCAUAUAUAAAAGGGGAAGGAAAGCAUGGGCUUGCGGGAAAAAUGGGGUCGGGCAUAGACCGGGGGUCGGCUCUGGCGGCGUUUUCUUUUGAUUUCUUUUUCUUUUCUUUUCCUUCGUUCUUUUUUUGCAUAUAUCUUGUUUUGUAAUUCGUGUGUUCGUUUUAAAGAGUUUAUAUAUAGAGAGAGAGAAGGAGGGGGAGGGGUUUCCGCUAUGGGGCCAGACAGAGGGAAUUCAAAAAGAGAGUUGAGAUAUAUUUUAUAUAUAUAAUAGAAUACUUUUAUUUCUUGAG